UGGCCUCACUCUUGUACUCGUAUGUACUUCCCUGCCCUUGUCCUGCUCCAGUCUUACUUCACUAAGCACGUUGGCUCUGCAUGUGUGUGUGUGUGUCAGCCAGGACGCGGAGUAUCUGGGCCCCUUAAAAGACCAGAUAGCAGCAAUACAGUGCCAAGUGACAGGGCCCCUUAAAAGACCAGAUAGCAGCAAUACAGUGCCAAGUGACAGGGCCCCUUAAAAGACCAGAUAGCAGCAAUACAGUGCCAAGUGACAGGGCCCCUUAAAAGACCAGAUAACAGCAAUACAGUGCCAAGUGACAGGGCCCCUUAAAAGACCAGAUAGCAGCAAUACAGUGCCAAGUGACAGCUUAGCAUCAAGACGUGCAGUUCUCUCACACGAUAAAGCGGCGAGCAGAGGGAGGGAGAACAGGCAGGUCACCUCCAGAUUCGCCCACUUUAUAAAUUCUUAAGCACUCACCUUGCGGCACUGUCUUGUGGGUCGCUGCAGACACGACGCGGCGCAGUUAGCUAAUGGCAUCAAGUCUUGCGGGAAACACCAGCACUUCCUGCUCUGCCAAAACACAAUCCGAGGGCGAGACAGACAGACAGACGGACACCCUUCUUGGCGGCACCACGAACACGUGGGUCUCGGCCGCGCCCACUUCGAGAAACAGCCGCCCAGCAAUUUACGCAAGUCCAAUUUCUUCCAUUUCGUCAUUGCCCUGUAUGACCGCGCAGGGCAGCCCAUCGAGAUUGAGCGCACGGCAUUCCUGGGCUUCAUCGAGAAAGAUCAGGAACCCGAGGGCCAGAAGACUAACAAUGGAAUUCACUACAGACUACAGCUCCUGUAUGCCAACGGCUAUCGUGUACGAGGGGCAGGACAAGAACCCGGAGAUGUGCCGCGUUCUGCUCACCCACGAGGUUAUGUGCAGUCGAUGUUGUGACAAGAAGAGCUGCGGAAACAGGAACGAGACGCCCUCAGAUCCUGUCAUCAUAGACCGGUUCUUUCUCAAGUUCUUUCUGAAAUGCAACCAGAACUGUCUCAAGAACGCUGGCAACCCGCGGGACAUGCGGCGCUUCCAGGUGGUGAUCUCGCAGCAGGUGGACGUGGCGGGGCCGCUGCUUGCCGUGUCAGACAACAUGUUCGUGCACAACAACUCGAAGCACGGCAGGCGGGCCAAGCGUCUCGACCCCACCGAGGGAAUGUUUGGUGAGUGGUUACCCUCCCCAGGGAGCCUCUAUCCCCCGCUCCCCGCCACGCCCUGCAUCAAGGCCAUCUCCCCCUCCGAGGGCUGGACCACAGGCGGCGCCACCGUCAUCAUCAUUGGCGACAACUUCUUCGACGGCCUGCAGAUCGUGUUUGGCUCCAUGCUCGUCUGGAGUGAGCUGGUGACCUCGCACGCCAUCAGAGUACAGACGCCCCCCAGACACAUCCCCGGCGUGGUGGAGGUCACUCUUUCCUAUAAGUCCAAGCAGUUCUGCAAAGGAGCCCCUGGAAGAUUCGUCUAUGUGUCACUUACGGAGCCCACCAUCGACUAUGGGUUCCAGCGGCUGCAGAAGCUCAUCCCGCGGCACCCCGGCGACCCAGAGAAGCUGCCGAAGGAGAUCAUUCUGAAGCGCGCCGCAGACCUGGCCGAGGCCCUGUACUCCAUGCCGCGCAACAAUCAGCUUGCCCUGCCCGCCCCGCGCUCCCCCGCCAUGAACCAGACCUCCGCCAUGACGGGUUUCAAUACCUACACGGGCCAGCUCGCCGUCAGCGUGCAGGACACCGCCAACACGCAGUGGGGGGAAGAGGACUACACGAGGGUCCAGGGACACGGGGUGGGCAUAGCCUCGCCUAGGGAAGGAUUCGCCUCCAAUGCCUCCACCCCCCACUCCUCCGCCGGCUCCUCCUCCUCCUCCUCCUACGGUUCCUCCCUCAACGCCGCCGCCGCCGCCGCCGCUGCUGGCUACUCGUCCCCCUCCAACCUGGCUAACAUGACGACCUCGCCCAGUCUUUUUAACAGUACUGCAAACGGCGGCGGCGGCGGAGAGGGUCACCCCGCGCACCACGCGGCGCUACACGGCCACCACGCGGCGUCCUGGGGCGGCGCGGCGCCUUCCUGCGGGCCGCUCUUCUCUCAGUUCGCCAACAUGAGUUCGAAACAGCGCAGCGCCUUCGCUCCCGUGCUGCCCAGCCUGCCGGCCACCCCGCCUCUCACCCCCGUGGCCGCCUGCCCCGUCCCGCCCCCCGCCGCCACCACCGCCGCGGCCCCCUGGCACCAGCUGCUGUCCUAGUGAAUGGGCGGGUUCAUGUCCUCCGCGUUCACCUCCAUGGGCCACUUCGCCCUGCCGCCCUGCACCUCCCAGUCCUAUGGCGGCGCCCUGAUGCACCACGCCGCCGCCAAGUGAUAGUGGGCACCCGUGGGCGUCUCGGCGUAUGCUGUCAAUGCCGCCUAUGCUUUGCGCCCACCCUCCCACCCACCGCCCCCGCCCUGCCCACCCCACCCAUCCCCCGCUGUGGUGCUGUGAAGUGAUCUGAGACGCUGUGGUGACUGUGACGGCCGCCGGGACACCCAGUCAUCUCAAUUCCUGCCUCCAGUAACCCGCCCACCCCGCCCAUCCCCCGCCCACCGCUGUGUGAAGUGUGGCUGAGGCAAAGACUAUAGCGAGGACAGACAGACAGACAUACACACACACUUAACACCUCCUAGCGGCGCGGUGUCUGAAGAUCUAGCGUGUGUCGAGCGUGUCUGUCCGCAGCGUGUGUUGUGUGAGCGAAGAGUGACGAGAGGAGAUUCAGAAACACUUAGUAACACUUUGUUGGCGCCGCGGAGUGCAUGUGUCGUUGUUAUCCUGGCCCCGUGUCAAUAAAGGCGAGAUGUAAAUAGCUGUACAUUGGUUCCGCGUCACUGUCACGGAGAAAGGACUUGUCAGGGAAGAGAUAAGAGAGGUUGGAGAGAGAGAGAGAGAGAGAGGAGAGAGAGAGUGGAAAAGUUAUUUACUAAAACAGUGAUGCGCUUUUGUUAUAAGGUUAUUCCGUGGUUACCUAUAUAGGAGAAACAAAUGAUAAUUACCUUGUUUGUAGGUGUUGAUGAUGAUGAUGAUGAUGAUGAUGAUGAUGACUUGACUAUUGUUCUCCAAAGUUAUGAAAUCUCAGAAUCAGGUUUGUGACGGAAGGAAAGUUUAAGAAUAUUGAAAACACCCAACAAUUCCUUACCAGUUUUUAAAGAGAGUCGUUUUUAGCCUGACACAUACCAGCGUUUCUCUUCUCACCAAAAGACAAUAAUAUUUCCUCUAAGCUUUAUUUUAUUUUUAUUUUUUUAUCUCUAUUUCAUGACAUUGUACAUAUCACGUGUGGCUCCCAGGGUGUCUUGUCUCUCCCCACGGGUGGCUGCCACAGGGGAGCAGCUGAUCGGAGCCACUCAAUGCCUCCACCCAUCCAUCCGCUCGUCCAUCCCCUCGUCUAUCCAUUCCUUCUGGUGGUGACUAAGUUUUGGUGGUGUUGCUUCUUGGAAAACUAUUUUUUAUCAUUUUUUUUAAUAUUUUAUGUGAGUGAAACUACUACUACUACUACUACUACUACUACUACUACUACUACUAACAUCACUACUACUACAAUGAUCUUUUAAUGAUAGGUUAUCAAAUAGCAGUUUAGUUUAUUUAUAGAGUAUUGAAAUGGUGGUGUUGGAUGGAUGGAUGGAUGGAUGGAUGGGUGGUUUCCGACUUGGAUGGUUCGGUUUUGUGAUGCCUGGGAUAAUGCACGAACACACACACACACACACACACACGAACACACACACACACACACACACACACACACACACACACACACACACACACACACACCUAACUAUCAUAUCAUAUACUUAGAUAUCUACAUUCAUACUUACAUACAUGCAUACAUACAUACAUACAUACAUACAUACAUACGUGUUUAGCAUAAGAAUCAUUAAGUGUAUUUCCUCAUCGUGUACAGAAUAAACAUUUUCAACUUAAUUUCUUAGAUGUAUAAUAAAUUUUAUAAAAAUCAA